CACCAGGUUACAAAACUCGAAUGCCACCAUGCUCAUGUAACUGGUUACGGAAGGGCAAACAGAGAGCUGUUACGUGUGUUUUUCUUUGGACUGCUAAAAAUACUGUCCAUUUCUUUGGUCGUCUUCGGUUUGCUUCAUCAGAUAAGAUCAUUAUUCAGUGUCUGCUGAGCUGCGUUUGGAGGAACCCAUCCUUUUCCUCAGCACCAAGGAAGUUUUUGAAGCUUGUUGGUCACAGCACCCAAAGCCGCAGAUCACCACUUUCCGGCCUGACUAUAUCGUUCACCACCGAGACCAUCAUGUCAGACAAAAAACGCAAGGCAACAAACGAUACUGCUCCAGAACAGCACAGCAAACAGCCUAAACUGGCAACGAAGAAGGACGAGAAGGUUGGCGGCUGGAUUCAGGACCUCGUGGUGCAGCAGAGAAUAGAGAAGAAGGGGAUGAAAUUCAACAAGAAACGCCUUCGCUUCCUCUCAGAUACUGAAAAGAUAAAGCAGGGCUCAGAGGGUGUCCUCUACUGGAUGUCAAGAGACCAACGGGUUCAAGAUAACUGGGCGCUGAUCCAUGCACAGCGUCUGGCUGAGGAGGAAAAGCUUCCUCUUCACAUCUGCUUCUGCCUGGUUGUCCCCAAAUCUGAACUGUCCACUCUGAGACAUUUCAGCUUCAUGCUAAAGGGCCUGGAAGAAGUUUCAAAGGAAUGUAAAAAAUUAGACAUCCAGUUCCACCUGCUCCACGGUCCUGCAGGGGACGUGUUGCCUGGUUUUGUGUCCGACCGCGGCAUCGGUGCAGUGGUCACAGACUUCUCCCCUCUCAGAGAGCCCCUGAAGUGGUUGGAUGACGUCAAAAAGAAGCUUCCCAAGGACAUUCCCUUCAUACAGGUUGAUGCUCAUAAUAUAGUCCCGUGUUGGGUUGCUUCACCUAAGCUUGAGUACUCCGCCAGGACGAUCAGAGGAAAAAUCACCAAUCUCCUGCCAGAGUUCCUCACUGGGUUUCCUCCGGUGGAGAAACAUUCGUACACAGCGACAAGAACAGCCAAAUCAGUAGACUGGGCCAAAACCCUGGACUCCCUGCAGGUUGACAGAACCGUCGGAGAACCUGAGUGGGCUGUUCCUGGUACCAAAGCGGGGAUGGCCAUGUUGGAGUCCUUCAUCGAUGUUCGCCUCAAACUAUUUGGCACCCAGCGCAACGACCCCAACGUGGCUGCCCUGAGCCAGCUCUCCCCCUGGAUCCGCUUUGGCCACUUGUCAGCCCAGCGUGUGGCGCUGCAGGUUCAGCGCAGCGGGAAGAACGCAAGCCAGUCCAUCCCAUCCUUCAUUGAAGAGCUGGUGAUUCGCAGAGAGCUGACAGAUAACUUCUGUUUCUACAAUAAGAAGUAUGACAGCGUGGAGGGUGCGUAUGAGUGGGCUCAGAAGACCUUGAAGGAUCACGCCAAAGACAAGAGGGAGUAUCUGUACACCCGUGAACAGCUGGAGAAAGCAAAGACACACGAUAAACUGUGGAACGGAGCUCAGUACCAGAUGGUGACGGAGGGGAAGAUGCAUGGUUUCCUGCGGAUGUACUGGGCCAAAAAGAUUCUGGAGUGGACGACUUCACCAGAGGAGGCGCUGUCAAUCGCACUGUACCUGAACGACCGCUACGAGCUGGACGGCCAGGACCCAAAUGGUUUCGUUGGGUGCAUGUGGUCCAUCUGUGGCAUCCAUGACCAGGGCUGGGCAGAGAGGCCCGUCUUCGGAAAGAUCCGCUACAUGAACUACAAAGGCUGCCUCCGCAAGUUUGACGUAGCCCGAUUUGAGAAAAAGUACUGUCCCAAAAACCUGUGAAGCACUAAGUGUUUCCAUGGACGACGCUCUCCGUCACCUCAGGGAGCAUGAGUGCAGUUCCUUCUUUUCUUUGUUCUCGCCUGUUUUUUUUUUUUGUUUGUUUGUUUUUUAUUCCAUUGCCUGGUUUGUUGCAGAUGUGUUGUUCAUGCUGUUGUGUUACUUUGCUAAACAUUGACCUGCUGUUAUGUAACUUUAUACUGCAGAUGAUCUUAGGAAGCAUGAAGUGGCCUUUUCACUCUUUAUGAAUCUAUUUAAUGUUGCAGUUAUUUUUUACAAUUCAGUUUUUUUACUCUUAUCUUUUUUAGACAAUGUAGUCCUUCUUUCUUUAUUAAAGUAUUACUACCUCA